GAUGUUGUUGCGGCAGGCUGUUCCACCUCAGGCCCGCCGAUCAUGGGCUUUGAUGGCCCACCGACCCAGUAGGUCCAUUACCAAUGGAACGAAUGGGCCCCGAUGGGCGGCAGCCUUAUCCACCAGCUCGGCCCAGGCUCACCCGGGAGGCGUGGCACUCUGGGAUCGUCCACAGGCUAAGCCGUUCCUCAUGUCUCGCCCGUCAAGUGUCAAUCUGGUCAGAGGAUUUGCCGACGAGUUGCCGGAACACACCAAGGUGGCGCUCCCCGCUCUUUCUCCCACCAUGGAAAUGGGCACCAUCGUCAGUUGGGAGAAGAAGGUGGGCGAUGCCGUGGGUGAGGGCGACCUCUUGUGUGAAAUCGAAACGGAUAAGGCCACUAUGGGCUUCGAGACCCCCGAAGAAGGAUAUCUCGCCAAAAUCUUUCUAGAGGGGGGCGCCAAAGACAUUCCCAUCGGGCGGUUAUUGUGCAUCAUCGUGCCCAAUGAGGAGGAUGUAGCCAAAUUCCAGGACUUCCAGGAUGACGGCUCUCUGGUGAGCGGACAAGGCAAUUCCAAUCAGGAGACUCAACCAUCCUCAUCGCCCGCUUCCGAGGUCAAAGCCAGUUCUGGUGAGUCCUCCAGGCCUGCCAUGAGUACUCCACCUCCACCCGCCCCCACGGCGGGUGGGCCUGGUCGCUCAGGUCCGAGUGGGGGCGGGUCCCGGGCGUUUGCCAGUCCAGCUGCCAAGCGCGUGGCCGCCGAGAAAGGGAUCGACUUGAGUCAGAUUGCCAAGGGUAGUGGUAUGGAUGGCAUGAUCACCACCAAAGACUUGGAAGGUGUGUCUGCCUCCGCGGGAUUGGCCCAGCCGCCCGUGGGCUCAUCCAUUGGGGGCAUGCCCUCGCCCAUGGGCGAUUUUUCGGAUGCGGAGUUGUCGAGCAUGCGCAAGACCAUCGCCAAACGAUUGCAGCAAUCCAAACUCGAGAUCCCGCACUACUAUCUUACGGUGGAGUGCACCAUGGACGCCCUCAUGAAGUUGAGGUCCGACAUCAACAAGCAGUACGAGGCCGAGGAGAUCAAGUUGAGUGUGAAUGACUUUCUCAUCAAGGCCGUGGCGUUGGCCUCCAAACGCGUGCCUCAAUGUAACUCGGCCUGGAUGGACACGGCCAUUCGAGAAUACCACUCGUGUGACGUGUCGGUGGCUGUGGACACGGGAUCAGGUCUAAUUACGCCCAUCAUUCCGGCAGCUGAGACCAAAGGAUUAAGUGAGAUCUCCAUGCUGGUCAAAGAGUUGGCCGGCAAAGCCAAGGCCGGCAAACUCCAACCUCACGAAUUCCAAGGUGGGACGAUCACCAUCUCAAAUUUGGGCAUGUUCGGGAUCGAGCACUUCACCGCCAUCAUCAACCCGCCUCAAGCCUGCAUCUUGGCGGUGGGUGGAACCACCAAGAAGGUGUUCCCCGAUGGUCAAGGGGGAUAUGUCACCAAGAACGUGAUGAAGGUGACCUUGUCUUGCGAUCACCGGGUGGUGGAUGGGGCCGUGGGUGCUCAAUGGUUGAAGCACUUUAAGAAAUUCCUCGAACAACCCUCGUCAAUGUUGCUCUAAGAAGAAGAAGAAGAAGAAGAAAAAGCUCUGCCUGGUUAAAAAGAGAUGUUAGCAACUAAUCACUCAAGAAUUAUAUUCCAAUGUUAAAAAACGCUUCUUUCUGACUUUGAUGACUAAUCGAUUAUAUAUUUUUUCCUGGA